GUUGGUUACUCCAUUAUUGAUUCCGUUUCGUUUUGGCUUUUUCGGAUUGAUUCGUGGUGGUUUUCUGUGUUUGGUACUGCUGUGGCGAAUUGGGGUUUGAAGUUUGCUUUUUUGCAUUAGAUGGAGAGGCAAAAUGAUUUUAAUUUGAAAUUUGAUUUUGGUUUUAGGGUUUGUGUUUUGCUAUAUCAGUUUGGCUAGAUUCGUAUGUAUGCAAGGUGCAUAAUAGGAUUGUGUUGAUUAUUGAGCCUAAUUGAAUUCAACAAUGCUAUGGUGAUUAAUUUGGUUGUUUUCUUGAAAUAUAGAUUUUUUAUUUAGAUUAAAGGAAAAUUAAUAGUAGACUAGACAAACAAAAUUGAAUACGGAAGUGGUGGAAGGUGCCGCUGAGUAAGUUGUAUUCCUAUUAUGGUCGCGAAACCUGGGAUUAUGUAUUAAUAUUUCUAAGAUGACAUUUUUUGUUACCUUCUAAUCAUGAAGAUUGUUAGCUUAAGUUUCGUUGAACACGGGUGUGCAGAAGAUUAUUCUCUUGUACCAUCCAUUCAAUCACUUAAACUUUUGGGAGAUCAAGUAUCAUCUACAUCAGUUUCUUUUACUUUUGUGAUGUUUAUAUAAGUGAUUGAACAAAUAUCACCCGAGGUCUGGGAAUUGGCAUCAGUUUUCUGACUCAGUAGAUCCAGUUAUUUAUUUUAAAUUUCUCUCGGAAUAUCUACUGCUUUUGAACUUCCCACUCAUAAAGCUGUGUGGAUAUAAGCAGUGUGGUUGUUUCUGAAACCAAGGCCCAUUCACAGCAUUUUGCCAAAAUGUGGGAUUAUCUCACUUUUUUUCUUUUUUCCUUUUUUCAUCGUUCGAGUUAUAAUCUGCUUUUGAAGACGUAAAAAUUAUCUCAUACAAUGCUGUAUAUUAAUAGACAAAAAAUUGAAAAGAUCAGAUAAAAGAAUCACUUCAAUGUCUAAAUUCUUUGAAAGCUUACUUGUCAAACAGUGAAUUCCUGUUAACAGCCUAAGCAAACUUGGAUAUUUUCCAAUGGACAAAGGAGUGACUCCUAGCCUCUUUGUUAAUGAUGGUUCAUUCAUGGAAAGGUUCAAACAACUUCAACAAGAGAAGGAGAAAGAUAAGGGUCCUAUAGCAGACGAGUCUACACCAAGUAAAGUUGUGUCAGGGAGUUUGACUCCUAACCUUACCACUGGUAAAACCAGUGCUGAACUGAAGCCUAAUGAUACACGCAAGGCCGCAGCUGCUGCUUCAGGUGGCAAACUUGCUUUCAGCUUGAAACAGAAGUCAAAGAUUGUGGCACCUCCUGUUAAGUUAGGUGCAGAUGAGGAUGAAGAUGAAGCAGAUGCUGCAAAUUUUUCAGCCGAUGCACCAACAAAACGACAAAAGUUGGGUCAGCCAGAUGCCUCAGAGGAAUCACCUGGACAAGUGGAUGUUGCACCACCUUCCCCAAAUGAUUCAACAGUGAAGAUAGUUGCUGACAAACUAGCAAGUUUUGUGGCUAGACAUGGAAGGAAAUUUGAGCAUAUUACACGUCAAAGAAAUCCAGGAGAUACCCCUUUCAAAUUUUUAUUUGACGAGAGCUGUGCUGAUUACAAAUAUUAUGAGUAUCAGCUUGCCAUUGAGGAGAAAGUCCUGCAACAGAUCAUCGAUUCUCAAACAUCUCGUAAUGGAGGUACAAACACGUCCGCUUCCAAAUCCACAAGUAGUUCCCAAAGGUCUAUUUUGAAGCAUCCAAAUUAUCAAACUCCUGCCUCUGCUUUAUAUGACGCCACUGAGGGAAGGACAGGUGAGCUCACUGCACCAACAGGUGCAGAUCCUAUUGCCAUGAUGGAGUACUACGUGAAAAAGGCUGCUCAGGAAGAGAGAAAGAGACAACCUAAACAAUCGAAAGAUGAAAUGCCCCCACCUGCUUCUCUUCAAGCACCUUCUCUUAAAAAAGGUCAUCACAUGGGUGAUUACAUCCCACAAGAAGAGCUGGAGAAGUUUAUGGCUGCUUGUAAUGAUGCAGCUUCACAGAAAGCUGCCAAAGAAGCUGCAGAUAGGGCAAAAAUCCAGGCGGAUAAUGUGGGUCAUAAACUUUUGUCUAAAAUGGGUUGGAAAGAAGGUGAGGGUCUGGGGAGCUCUAGAAGAGGAAUUUCUGAUCCAAUAAUGGCUGGUAAUGUGAAGAAAGACAAUCUGGGGGUUGGUGCUCAACAACCCGGAGAAGUGACUCCUGAAGAUGAUAUAUAUGAGCAGUAUAAGAAGCGGAUGAUGCUUGGUUACCGAUACAGACCCAAUCCUCUGAACAAUCCACGGAAGGCAUAUUACUAAAGGAUUGGUUAUACCGUGCUAUAUCUGUGAGAUGGUUGUCUGAAGUUAAUUGGAAGUUGAACUACCUUAUGGGGUAAAAGGAGAUUUUGAUAGUAUAAUUUGGAAUUAAAUUUGUAUCUGAAGUCUGUUUUGUGAAUUAAUUAAUAAUCACUGUUUAUCAUCUUUCUUUUCAUCAAAGAUAUUUAUUGAGCAGAACAAAUGGCAUUUUCACUAUAUGCAUUUUGUUGAUUAAUGCAUCAGUCUAGAAGAGGCGGCCAACAUUUUGCUUA